AUGAGCAUUCUGGUCAAAUCCGGUCUGCCCCGAGCUGAUGUGGAUUUGCCAGCAGGCCUCCGGCUGGGCCUGGAGAACGUUAUGGACCCACUUAUCCAGCCUGCCGCAGAGCCAUCCAAAGAGCAAGUGCUACAGGCGGACCGCGAACUGGCUCGAAUUUUCCUUGCCAUGUUCAAGGUGGUCAAAGAUAAGUUGAGCAUUGUCUUCCGCACUAACAAGCAAGCUGCCACUGCGAAGAAGCUCUGGGGCGACGUAGUUGGCAGCGCUCGCAUUGUGUGCAUGCCGAAGGGUGGCGUGCAAAAAACGGCUUUCUCCAGCUCUGAUGAAGGCGAGAUCAGCAAUGCCUUCGUUGAAUCUGUGAAGGGCAUGCGUGGCGGCUUUGUAGUUGUCGUAGCUCCACGAAGACCGCAGCUGGAAGCUGUGGCGCGUGCCGCUGAAGAGGUUGAUAGCAAGACGGGCUUCAUUCUGCUGAAUGCUCGUCUACGCGGGGCUCGGAAGGAUCAACUGCGCGAGGAGGUCUCUGCGGGCUUCAAUGCGGCUUUCCAUCUUCGGCUUUGCGGGAGCAACGGGCAGGGCUUAGUGUACCGAGCUUUGCAGGAUGGCAGUUCGCCUUGGGUUCUGGCCCGGCGGAACCUUCCAAGCACCAUUGCAAAGGAGGUUGCGCGAAGCUUCGACGAGCCCUCUGAGGAGCGAAUCAACGAGCUUUUUGCGGAUGGCAAGGGCCUUGCCACCCUCAUUCCAGAGGAGUCCGAGGACCUCUGGCAUCUCUUCAACCUCAGCAUGAAAGGGGAUACGAUCAAGGCCAUGACCUACCGCAAGAUCCAGAAGGAAGGCAGCACUGGCACUGUGCAAACGGAAGUGCGAAAGAUACAGAUGACCGUGGAGGUCAAAUCUAUCGAAUACGAUGCUGCGGGAAACUGUAUACGGUAUUCUGGCAAGAACUGCGAGGAGAACCAGUGGGUAAAGAUGGGAGCACAUCACACACUGGAGAUUGAGCUCAACAACAAGCUCACGCUUGGCAAGGAUAGAUGGGAUGCGAUGCACCUGCAGCAGUUGGACGAUGCCACCGAUGUACAUAAGACCUCGGAGGUGGCAGUUCUGCUCAUGGAGGCUGGCAUCGCCAACUUCCACCUGCUUACUGCAGUCUUAGCUAAAGACGUUCAUCGAGUUUCCGUUGCAUUGCCCAAGAAGAGGGCAACCACGACGAAUUAUGACAAGGCUUUGGUGCGGUUCUUCGAGCAGGUGUACCAGGGUAUCAAAGAUCACAUCAACCUGGAUUUGGUGAAGUGCGUCUUGAUGGCAGGCCCAGGAUUUGUGAAGGACGACUUUCUGGCAUGGAUGCUGCAAAGGGCAACCCAGUCGGGGGAUACACAGCUUCUGCAGAAGAAGAGCAGCUUCGUUUGUGUCCAUGCUUCUUGCGUGCACAAACAAGCGCUAAAAGAGCUGCUGGCAGAUGAGCAGGUUCAGAAAAGCAUCGCCAACACGAAAGCCGCUGCGCAUUUGAAGGCGCUGGAGGAGUUUUAUGUGAUGGUGCAGAAGGAGCCUGACCGCGUCUGCUACGGACCGAAGCAGGUGCAUGAAGCCAUCGAGAAAUGCGCAGUGCAAACGCUCAUGGUGGUGGAUUCUUUGUUUCGAAACGCGAACGUGAAGCUGCGAAGACAGUACGUCGACAUGGUGGAAACCGCAAGAGAUCAGGGCGCCAACUGCCAGAUCUUCUCGUCGCAGCACGUCAGUGGUGAGCAGCUUCAGCAGCUCAGCGGGAUCGCGGGCGUCUUGCGCUUCCCGCUUCCAGAAAUAGGCGACAUCGACAGUGAUGCCGGCUUGAGCGACGACGGCGCUGAAGAGGAGAAGGGACAAGCGGCCCAGGAAAAUGAUGCAGACGACUUCAUGUGA